AAUCAUAUCCCAUUAAAAAAAAAUAAAAAGCUGUGAAAUUUUCUAUAAAUUAGCCCAAACCAAACCAAGAUCCACCCAUCCCAUUUCAUCAUUACUACUUUUCAAACAAAAAUUCCAAGACUGUAAGAAUCUUUUGUCUCCGCCUUUGAUGGCCGCCAGCACCACCACCAGAGUCAUUUCUCCUAAGCUGCUCAAACACAUCAGUUCCUUCAUCAGGCCUCUCGUCACCUCCUCCUCCUCCACCUCUUCCUCUUCCUCCUCCAUCUCCGCCAUCCCAUCCCUCAACUUGGCCACAAAACCAGAACCCACCAUCACCACACCUCCGUCUAUCCUCGACCUCAGUGAUCACCAAAAACUCUUCGCCACCUUACCCUCAAGAAAACUCCUACAUGCUUCUCUUAUACUUCACAUGGCUGCCAUGAACCCUGUGGUGGAUUUGGGCAUGUGGGUUAUGAAUUCUAAGCUGAUGGGUGUUGAUAAUAUUGUACGUGAUCUUAUAUUGAGUGCUGUAAGGCAUAGUUUCUAUGAGCAUUUCUGUGCUGGAGAGGAUACUGUGGAGGUAGCCAACUGUGUAAAGAAACUCAACGAGUCUGGUUUAAGAGGGAUGCUGGAUUUUUCUGUGGAGUUUACAGUUGAUAACGAUGCCUGUGAUCGAAAUUUUCAGGGGUUUCUCGACACCAUUGAAACAGCCAAGUCCCUCUCUCCAUCUUCUGUGAGCGCAGUGGUUGUGAAGAUCACUGCAAUUUGCCCUCUCAACUUGCUUGAGCGAGUUGCCGAUUUGUUAAGGUGGCAAGAAAAAGACCCUUCUUUCAAUCUUCCAUGGAAACAGAAUACGUUUCCAAUUUUCUCUGAAUCCACCCCAUUAUAUCACACUCUCAAGAAACCAGAACCAUUGACCCCAGAAGAAGAGCAACAUCUUCUCUUAGGCCAGCAGAAACUUUUGAAACUUUGUCAAGCGUGUGCGGAGGCCAAUGUUCCAUUGGUCAUCGAUGCAGAGCACACGAAAGUUCAACCUGCCAUAGAUUACUUUACAUAUUCAUCAGCAAUUAAGUAUAACAAAGAUGAUAAUCCUAUUGUGUAUGGAACAAUUCAAGCCUACUUGAAAGAUGCAAAAGAGAGAUUGUUACUUGCAACUAAAGCUGCAGACAAGAUGGGACUUCCAAUGGGAUUCAAGCUGGUGAGGGGUGCUUAUAUGUCAAGUGAAAGAAAAUUAGCCUCUUCCUUAGGCUACCAGUCUCCCAUUCACAAUAGCAUUCAGCAGACACAUGAUUGCUACAAUGACUGCGCUUCAUUCCUGCUAGAGGCGAUCGCUGAUCGCUCGCAUGGACUCAUUCUCGCAACCCAUAAUGUUGAGUCAGGGACUCUGGCUGCCAAAAAAGCAGAAGAGUUGGGCAUUGGGAAUGGGAAUCAGAGAUUGGAGUUUGCACAGCUUUAUGGAAUGGCAGAAGCACUUUCUUUUGGUUUAAGAAAUGCAGGUUUUCAAGUCAGCAAGUAUUUGCCAUUUGGACCUGUAGAGAUGGUGAUACCAUACCUUCUGAGAAGGGCUGAAGAGAACAGAGGACUAUUAUCUGCUUCAGGCCUUGACAGAGAACUCACCAGGAAGGAGUUAAGCAGAAGACUAAAAGCUGCUAUGUUCUGAAUUGAAGUGAUGAAAAAAGUGUAUGGCUUUGGGCAGGAUCAGGGUCUGAAUUUGGGAAUGUUCAAUAAUAAUUUGUAUGUAAUUGAAACAGUCUUCCAUGAAUAUAAAUUGAGUACUUUUGUGUA